AUGACAAGAAGGCCCGAACCACCACCUAAACCUAGUUCUUUGAAACUCGUUGCUACACUGAAGUCUCCUACACCAGAACCAUCUACUCUUGUUUCUGAGCAGUCUGAUAAAGUUUCUACUUCCAGCAUAAGAUUGCAUAGUAGUAAUGUUAAAAUUGACAAUGAAGUCAGUGAAAGAGGUAACAUUGUUUCUUCAGAUACAACUGAACAAAGUAAUAAAAAGAAAAAUCUCAACAAAUCCUUCUCUCCAACAAAACAAACAUCAGAUGACGCAAGUGUCCAUUUUGGUAAAGAAGAUGGUGCUCAUACCAUUCAUUUUCAAGGUAUGAGGUCUGCUUCAGAACUGCUAGAAGAAGCUAAAUAUCUCACAAUGUCAGACGCACCAAAAAUAUAUGAAACAAACUUCCAACUGAGCAAGCCAGAGCAGUCUCUGACCGCAGCCCAGCAAACAUUUACAGCUAAGGCAAAAUCUGUAGAUGAAAUCAUUGCUACACUGCGGUCUGCUAGCCAAACCACCUCCCAGUCUGCUUCAGAUCUGAAGAUCAAAGGAUUGUUGGACAGAGUGCUUGGUUACAGUUAUAGCAGUAAAAGUGAGGAAGCUGCAGAAGUGACAACUGUUCAUAAAGAAGAUGAUAAUGUCAUAAUUUCACAAUCUGAGGAUGCAGUGAAAAUCGCACAAUCUGAGGGUAGUGUGAUAAUUCCACAAUCUGAAGAGGUGGUAUCAAUACAACUUUUGCAGCAGGUGGCUGAAAAACAGAUUGAUGAUGAGAUUACAGAAUCUCUUGCAGAAAUUGGUCAUGAGGUCAGUCUGGAGGAAGAAACCAUAAAGGAUUUGGAAGGCACUUUUAUAAGUGCAGUUACUCCUCCAGCACCCAAAGGUGUAGCUGCAGCAAUUUCUGAACAAGAGGCAUCUUUAAAACAAAAUGUCUUUGAAAAUAUGAAGAGUUUGCAGAAUACUCUAACUGAUGAAGAGGCACUAAAAAUUCUUGCAUUACCUCCAGAGGUCACAUAUUCUGAUAUAGUUAAUGUUAAAGGAAGUGCAUUUGGAUCAUUGAAGAAGAUUGCUGGGGACCAGCAAAUGCUAUUUGAGAAGGAUGAAAAUCUUCCACAACGAACUUCAGUGCUGGCCACAUGGACUCCAAAAGACAAAGAUCAAGGAUAUCAGACAAUCCAUCAUCUUUGUGUUACUGAACCUAGUCACGUAUUGCCCAUCGAUCUGCAACAGGCUUCGAGGCUAUACUUUACUCCAAGCAGAUUAGGGCACGGCAGUAGUAAACUUCCAGAGUUUGUGCAGCAAGUGGCAUUGGAUAUUUGUUCAGAUGAUGACUUUUCUUCCCUGAAACAACAGAAGAUAACAAGAUACAUUUACGAAGGAAUUCCUGUAUCAGAAGUGAUUCAGGAAAAUCUACAGGAUAGUGUUAAGAUUUUACCGCCACUUUCACCAGAAUAUUUGUGCGAAUGGCAAAGGAUUGCAGAAUAUUACGUGGAGGGGCCUAGACUGAUACUCUUGGGAAAAUCGAUGCAAAUCCACAAAGAUGCAACAAAGCUGUUUUGGACACCAGCAUUUCCUAAGUUUGCCGUUCCUAUUUCGUACAUUCAGGAAAUCCUAUACCCAAAGUUGCAAGUAGAAUUGGAUCAAGUGAACCCUUGUGACUUUCACAUGAAUCAGAAUGAAGAGUAUGACAUAGAAGAGGAACAGGAAAAUUUGGAAGAUAAAGCUGCUCUGCUAAGAACACUCUUUAAAAAGCACAAAUCAUUACCAGAUCUACGUGCAUUUUCGUUUUAUUCUUCUGAUGAGACAUUUAGAACUGGUGACUUUAAGACAAUGAUCCCUGCACAUCAACUCGAAACAAGGGACAGAGCAAUUCUAGUUAUAAAUUUUCGUGACACUAAUGACAAACCUUUGAUGCACAAGUAUAACUCUUCACCAAAUCUCUCUGUUUUUGAUGACGGGAAGACAUUGAGAAUAUCUAGUCCAUUUCAUCAUACUAUUAAGGAGAUGGAAUACCAGAGAGAACAAAUAAUAGAGACUUCAUUGAAUACAACUCGAGAACAUACACUUUCAAAAUCAAAAUCAGAAGAUUGGAUUACAGAGGAUACUCAAUUGCAGGUUUCAGAAUCAAUAAACAAUACAUCUUUUAAGGAUGAGCAAGUUUCAAAUAUGGAUUCCGAAAGUGUUGUUGAAACAAUUAUUGGAAAAAAAACAACUCAUCAAAAAAAAGUUAAAGCUUAUAUGAGAAAACCUCUACUCUCUCAAAAGCUAGCUUUUGUGUCCAAAGCACUUUCAAAGCCUCCAAGCAUUCUCACAAGGUCUGCAUCUAUGCCAUUGUGUAUUCGUUUGAAUGUGAUCAGUGGGAAAACAUCUCUGCCUAUCAAACUCAAGCGAAAGUGCAGUCUUCCUUCCUUAAUUAACUUUGAAACAUUUGUAAAAGCACAAGGAGGAAUUACUAAAGGAACUGCUGUCAGAGAGUGGGUCAGAGGUAUAUGGAACAUGUGGUUUGAUGAGGUCUUCCCACCUUUGAAACCAUCCAGAAAAACAGUUACUGAUCAAAAGGAUAGUCACACGCAUCACAAAAGAAAUGAAUCUCAGCCUGUAGUGACCAACUUUGCGGAGGUACAUUUGCAGAACUUGCUGUUGCCAAAUGAACCUUUGUACUCUAAGGUUUCCAAAUCUGAAAACACUCAGGCUGACUUGCUUUCUGAAGUUGGCAAACUAAUGUACCUCAUAAAGGUAAAAGGUGAAUCGACUGCUUUUAAUUACUGUCGGCGAGGAGCUUUGUAUAGAAAAUUAGGACAGCUGCAGUCAGCUAUGGAAGAUUUAAAUGAAGCAAUUAAAUUAGAACCAAUGCUGCUUAAUGCUUAUUGGCACAGACAUUUCAUUUAUCUUCUACAAAUGAAAACAUCUGAAGCACUGGAUGAUCUAAAUUUUGUACUUAAACACAAUAGGAGUCACGCAGAUGCUUAUACAUCAAAGGGAGACAUUUAUAGAAAUAAAGGGGACAUUACAAUGGCAAUCAUAAAUUAUUCUCAAGGACUCAAGUGCAGACCUGAUGAUGACAUUUAUUUUCGAAGAGCUGAGAUGUAUGAAGCCAAUAAUGAUCUACUUCUGGCUAUGGAAGAUUAUCACUUGGCUUUUACUUUAAACCCCAAAAGAACAGAUGCUAUGAUGAAACAUGGUCAAUAUUAUUUUAAGAAUUUCAACUGGCCUAUGGCAAUUAAAGAUUUUACAGCAUUAAUUAAAGAGGAGCCUAACAAUGCUCAAGCAAGGAAUUAUCGUGGACAAGCAUAUGCUAAACAAGGAUUGUUUAGAGAAGCAAUUUUGGAUCUGUCUGUUGCUAUUCAUUUGGAGCCUAACAACUGGAUGGCUUUCUAUCAUAGAGCCUGCUUGCUACGGAAGGUUCACCCAUGUAAAGCUUUACAGGACUUCAGUGUUUCAGUGCUUAUCAAUAAUGAGGUUGAGAAUUUGAAUUCAUUUUUACAUCGUGGAAUUUUGUACACUGAGCUCAGUCAGUGGCAAGCGGCAAUAUGGGACUUCAAAUGUGUACUCAAGCUCGACAGAGCAGUUUGUUUGGCUCAUAUAAAUCUUGGGCUUAUUUUCCUCUUGCAAAUGGAUCACUAUUAUGAAGCAAUUCGCAGAUUUACAGAUGCCUUAAAGGUUGAACCAACUUCCACAAAAGCAUAUGUGUGUCGGGCAGAGGCAUAUCAUAAGGUACAUAAUCUGAGAAGUGCUUUGAAAGAUAUAACAUGUGCCAUCCAUCUCCAACCUCAAACACAGAACCUGUACCUCUUAAGAGGUCAAUAUCUACUUGAAAUGAAAAAACUUGAACUUGCAAGUUUCUGUAUCCAAUAUGCUGCUGAAAUCAAUCAAGCUCUUGACACUUCACCAGUUCAACAAGCUACAGUACAAACUUUUUUGAAAAAUUAUGACAAAGCUAUAGAUAGUUUGGAAGGACUUGAAAAAUCACCCCCAAUUUUAACCUUACUUGGAAAAACUCAAAUGAAAGCUGGCAAGCAUAAGGAAGCCCUCAUCAAAUUUCAAGAAACUUUGGAUGCUGAACUUGAAAGAUCUGCAAUAGAUGUUACGAGCCCAUCAACAGAACUUGCAGAUUUAUAUUAUCUCAUGGGCUGCUGCUAUUCUGAACAGGAUAAACUGAUAGAGGCAGUAGAUUCAUUUAAUAAGGCACUGAAAAUGUACCCAAAAUUUGCUAAAGCGUAUUAUCAACGUGGGCUGUGCAGAAUGAAGCUUCGUGAGGUUAAUUGUAUCUAUGACUUUCACAGAGCACUUGCAAUCAACCCUCGGCUCUUUGAGGUCUACCUAAGUCGAGCUGUGUACUAUGCAAUGCAGCGACGCUACCUUAAGGGCAUUCUAAGCUGUAAUGAGGCACUGAAGCUUCAGCCCCAGAGUGUAAGAGCCUUUCUUUGUAGAGGAGCACUGAAAUAUUAUGCUAAGGUAUAUCACUUGGCAAUUGAUGACCUGACUACAGCAAUAAACAUUAAUGAGACCUGCAUCUUGGGUUACUUUAACAGAGCUGUCUGUUAUCAGCAAGCAAAUGAUCUUCAAAAGGCACUGAAAGACUAUGGAAUAGUUCGGCUUCUUGGGAGCAGAAAGAAAUUGAAUUUGAAGGUAUUAAUUAAUCGUGGCCUACUAUAUCUGAAAAUGGAAGAUUACUACAAUGCAUCACAGGAUUUUAAAGCAGCAAUUGUAGAAGAUCCUAAAAAUCCUAACAUUCAUCAUGCAGUGGCAAUCUGCUACCAUAAACUUCAUUAUUUAGAAGAAGCUGUAAACUGUUUCAACCAAGCUGUGAAAUUGGACCCAUUUUUUGCGGAUGCAUAUAAUGGACGUGGAAAUGUUUAUAUGGAUUUUGGUCAUCCAGCUGGAAUAAAGCAAGCACAAAAAGAUUUUGUUCGAGCACUUCAUUUAAAUCCUAGAUGUGUGAAAGCCAGACUCAAUCUAGGAUACAACUUGCAGGUACUGGGUAAAUUUCAGAAAUCUUGGAAUCACUUUACAAUUGCAACUAAUAUUGACCCAAAGUUUCAGGAUGCAUAUGAAGGUCGAGCAGUAAUCAGUCUUCAAAUGAACAACACAUUUGGAGCAUUACAGGACAUCAAUGCUGCAUUGAAGAUCUGCAAAUCUGCAAAGUUACUUACAAAUCGUGGUGUGAUUAGCCAGUUUAUGGGAGAUCUACCCAAUGCUAUGAGUGACUAUCAGAGAGCAAUAGCUCUCAAUCCCAGCUAUUCACUGGCUUAUUUUAACGCAGCCAAUCUUUACCUCUACAACAGCCAAUUUCAACAGGCCCAUGACCACUACACCAAGGCAAUUGAUCUGCAACCAGAAGAUGAAUCUGCUUUGCUGAAUCGAGCAAUUUGUCGUGUUAUGCUUAGGCAUGUCAAAGAGGCACUGGAGGACUUUGAGGAAGCUAUCAACCUUAGUCCUUAUUCAGCUCACAUAUACUUUAAUAGAGCAAACCUGUAUGCCACUCUAAAGCAGUACCAGGAAGCCGAAAGAGAUUAUUCACAGGCACUACAACUAAAGCCAGGCGAUGCUCUAUUUUACAAACUUCGUGCAGAUGUCCGAGGCCAUUUGGGUUUGAUUGACCAUGCUAUAACUGAUUACAAAAUAGCUAUUGGCAUCCAAGAGGAUAGGUAA